AUGGAUAAGAAAGGAGCUAAGGGACGAAAUGAAGAUACUAAUUUCGUAUGUCUUCCAGCUGUUGUACUUGUAGAAACUUUGGAAGAAGAUUCAUUUUCACCUAUAUCAUGUGAAUUUCCAGCAACACUUUUGCCUAUAAAUGGAGUGGCCAUUUUGAAUUAUGUUGUAGAAAUGUUAUCUCGCAAUGGAGUAACUGACGCAUAUUUGUUAGUUCGUGACCACAUCAAUCUAGUUAGUAAUCAUAUUGAAACUUUAAUAAAUGCAAAUAAAAAGUUGAAGUCACUUAAUUUGCACAUAGUUCAUCUCGGACUUCACUGCAAUUCUUUAGGAGAUAUUUUGAGAGAAUUAGAAUGUCAAGUUGACUUAAGAGACGAUUUUAUCCUAGUAAGAGGUGAUUUAUUUACAGUAGCAGAUAUUAGGGAACAUAUAUCUGCUCAUAAGAAGAAGCGUUUAAGUGGUUUGAAUGUUGCAAUGACAAUAAUAUUUGCUGAAUGUCCUCCCCUAAGUACACUAAGAACAACAGCUACAGAGUGUGUAGUAGCUUAUGAUGUGAUAGACAACGAAUUGGUAUUUUGGGGAGAAUUUAGUAAGUCUUUGGAUAUAUCCUUAGAUUUAAGUUUGUAUAGACGUAAUUCAAAAAGUGGUAAUACAAAAAUUCGCUAUGAUUUGCUUGAUGUUGGGAUUUCAAUAUGUUCUCCUCAACUCCUUAAAGAUUUUUGUGAAACAUUUGACUAUAAUAAUAUUCAACAUGACUAUGUUAGAAAUGUACUGACAUCUGAUAUUAAACAAGAAGAAGUACAUAUUGCAAUUCUUAGUCAAUAUGCAGUACGAAUUCGUGAUUUUAGAACCUAUCAUGCAGCUCUCCAGCAUGUUUGUGAAGGUUGGGCUUUCCCAGUUGUACCUGACUACUGUAGUAUAGCAGGUCAAACAAUCCAACGUUGUGAGAAUAAAAGCGUAUUUUUAGGUAAUGCAGUUGUUAUUAAUCCGAAUUCUGAUUUGGGUCCUAUGGUAUCUAUUGGAGAAAAUACAACUAUUGGUAGCCAUGUUGUAAUAGAAAAUUCCUUUAUAGGCCCAAAUUGUAAAAUUGGAGACCAUUGUACUAUAAAAGGUUGUAUACUUUUAAGUAAUGUAACUAUUGGAGAUUAUUCAAGUGUUCAAUCAACCUUUAUAUCAAAUAAUGUGACGAUUCACAGUAAUGUUUUAAUUAUGCCAUGUUGCGUCUUAGGAUCUAAUGUCUCAAUUGGUUCCUCAAAGGUUAUUGAAUCUUUCAGCAAGAUUUCCACAUUUACUUCAGGUAAAGUAAUAUCUGAAAUUAAUAGUCCAGUAAUUAAGGGAUACCAUCUAGCAUCUAAAGAUGAAUUAGAGAAGUUAGGAAUUGGACCUAACUGUCUUGGGAUUUUGUGGCCUUGUGAUCACAAUAUGAUCCAUCAACAACAAUAUGCUUUAGGAGGAGAUGCACUUAGUAGUAUUAUAUUAUUUGAAAGUAAUGUAUGUAGGGAUAUUAAUAGAGAAAUUAAUUUGAAUACUGAUAGUGAAGGUGACAGUGAAGAUUCUCUUCAUACUCAAGUGGCAGAACAAGAUAUAGAACAGGAUCUUAAAGAAUUUAGACAUGAGGUUAUAAGCCUUGUCAAAUCAGGCCUUUUAACUCCCAUACAUAUACCAAAUAAAAUAUUGGAACUUAAAGGUCUUAGAUUUGCCUUUUUUAAGGAUGAUUUAGAUGUAUUAGAUUGCUUGUUACCAGUUGUUCUCAUGUAUCUAGCUGACAAUUCCCAUGAGUUCUUACUGGAUAGAAAAAGAAUAAACUUUGAAGAUUUCCUUAGUUUUGUCAAGCACUGUGGAAUUUAUGAUCUGUUCUCAGCAUUUUGUAGACCGGAUGAAUUGAAUUUUACUUAUUCUGUCUGCGAUGCUAUCUUGAACUUUUGUUCCAACAAUGAAACUUUAAAUUUCGGUUCUUUAUUAGUUGCAUUUGAAAAGUGUGGAUUUAUUAAUCAAGACUUGAUACCUAAUUGGUAUGACUUUUCUUUAAAGAUAAAUGAGGAUAAUCAAAAGCAGGAAGCCUUAGAUAUUUUAAAAUCUGACUUUGUAUGUCGGUAUAUAAAGUGGAUUCGUGAGGAUGAUAAUUCCGGAGAUGAUUGA